AUUAGCUGUUACUUUCUAGACCAGUAAAAAUCAUCACAAAAUUUGGUCCCAGUCAACAGUUGAUAGCUCGAAAACUUAAGAAUUAUACUCCACAUUUUCCUGUUUUUUCAUUUAGUUCCAAUCAUAAAAAAAAAUCAAAAUUAUUUUGAAUUUAUUUUUGCUUCAAAUAAAAUUCUAAUAAUUUAGAAACUAAAACGAAUAGCGCUUUUCUGAUCAUAAUUUAACUGCCAACUAUAUUCAAGUAUUUACAAAAAUUCUUAUCUAAAAUUUAGAUACAACCAAGUGUUAUUUGUUCAUCCCAAAAAAAUAACACAGACAUGGCAGAUGUUCCGCCCUUUUCCUUCAACCCCGAACAAACUGCCUGUAUAUGCCACGUGAUGGAAAUUUCCAACGAGAUGACGAAACUUGAAAAGUUUAUGUGGAAUAUUCCAGCUUUGGACAUGUUCCAGCAAAACGAAAGCGUCAUUAGAGCGAAAGCUCAUUUAGCCUACAACGACCAACAGUACAAGGAAGUCUACCGAUUGAUUCAGAGUUCCAACUUCAUAAUUCAACACCACAAUUCACUUCAACAAUUAUGGCUGAACGCUCAUUACGCCGAAGCAGAAAAUAGCCGAAACAAGUCGUUGGGCGCUGUCGGAAAAUACCGAAUAAGGAGGAAGUUUCCGCUGCCGAGAACUAUUUGGGACGGCGAGGAGACUUCGUAUUGCUUCAAGGAGAAAUCGAGAAACAUGCUUCGAGAAUACUACCAACACAACCCCUACCCUUCCCCGCGUGAGAAGCGGGAUUUGGCAGAAAAUACAGAUUUGUCAGUGACUCAAGUUUCGAAUUGGUUCAAAAAUCGAAGACAAAGAGACAGAGCUUUAGAAAAUCGAACAUAAAUUUAACCUGAAUAACACUUCAAAUCAAACUUUACCUCAGAAAGAAAUUUGCAUCUAAAUUUACAGAAGCUGUAAAU